UGGGUGGCUGUGCCUUUCGCGAGGGGCUUGGGGCGUCCGCCCCUGACGCCCGGUCCUCCAAGUAAGGCGUCAUCAAAGCACCUCAAGUCCCCCGAAAUCCUCCUGUCAAUAGGUCCACACCGGCUCCAUGGCGCGGUGACGAUUGUGAUUUCCCUUGGUUCUCAAGCAUUUGCCCAACAGGAAGAGAGCACAUGUCAAGGUGAAUCCGAACUGCUUCGGAAUAAGACAUGGUACGAUUACGCCUGCUUCGACCGGACAAAGGAGUGUCCUUCUGGUUUCGAAAACCCUCCUCUUCUGCUGAUUUCUUUUGAUGGCUUUCGAUCCGACCUGCUUCUUCGUCACCGGGUCCCGACACUCGAAAGGUUGGCUGAAUGCGGCGCCAAGGCAGACUUCAUGCGGCCCACUUUCCCUUCGGCUACAUUUCCGAACCAUAUGACCCUCGUAACGGGGUUGUACGCGGAGUCUCACGGCACUAUUGACAGCAAAAUGUACGACCCGGUGCUUAAAGACACUUUUAGAGCGUCCUCCAGGGAUUCCAAAUGGUGGGACACCGAGCCAAUAUGGUCUACAGUGGAAAGAAGUGGUAAAAAGUCUUACACGUUCUUCUGGCCAGGCUCAGACAAUAAGAUCAACGGAACCAGGCCGAGCAGAUACUUCAACUUUCCAAGGUUCAACCUCCCGUCUCUAGUAACUCAAGUGGAAGUAAUCCUAUCAUGGCUGGACCUCCCGAAAGAAGAUAUACCCUCCUUCAUGACAUUAUACAGUCAUGAACCUGACAGCGUCUUCCAUAUGUUCGGGCCGGAGUCAAACCAGGGCAACGAAAGCUUGGACCGUGUCGAGAAGAUGUUAAAUCGUCUCAUGUCUGGACUGUACGAGAGAAACCUUCUUGGCUGCAUCAACAUCAUCGUCGUAUCCGAUCAUGGUAUGGCAUCCUCCGACGAAUGGAAGUGGAUAUACCUGCAUAAGUAUGCAAACUUGACGAACUACCGUUCCAGAAUGGGUACUCGGACGCGUCUGGCUCCCAAGGAAGGCACUUCAGCUACAUCCGAGAGCCUCAUAGAAAGAUUGCGAUGCGCCAAUCAGUCGUUCGUGGCGUACCCAAAAGCGUGGCUUCCGAAAAGGUACCACUACUCGGAUCACCGCCGCAUCGACCCCAUAGUCAUCGAUCUUGCAGAAGGAUACAUUACUGUAGAGGAAAACAAAACGGUGAAAGAGGCAAGCGGCCUGCACGGUUACGACAUUAUGCUUCCCUUGAUGCAGGGAUUUUUCCUGGCGUACGGAAAGAAUUUCAAGCAGAACGUUUCAGUCCGGCCAUUCAGGAACGUUGAGGUGUAUGGUUUGAUGGCAGAAAUCCUAAAUAUUACCGCGAGACCCAACAACGGCACUCCCGGGGCGCUCCACUACAUUCUGGAGAGUCCGGCCUCCGAACCACCCAAGCCUGAUCCUGUAGUGCCGUUGCGGCAAUGCGAGGCACCAAAGAACCGUGCGGAUGAAACUGAGGAGGAUGGAUGUACCAAGAAAAGUAAGAGCGUAAAGAAGGAGCUACGGAAGGAAACCAGCAAGAAAGGAAAGAAGAACAGAAGUAAAAAUAAGCAUACGCCAUGGGGAGAACCACAAGUGACAGUCGACGACGGCGUCUCGCCAGGUCCAUGCACUCUCGUCAAUGAAGAUUACAUCAGUGCAUUCGACUGUACUUUGAAGCUGCCUGUCUGGAAUGCCUUUACACUCGACAGCACGGUACAGGGCCCUACAAAAGCACGGGAAGAAAUCACGUGGCAUAGAGAUCCCCGAGUGAACGAUACGACGUGCAAUGAGUAUGGUAAAAUUGCGUGCUUACCAUCGCCACUAUACCAGGUGCCCCUCUUUCCACCAGAGUUAUCGUCAUCCGGACACGAGGAGGAAGCGUCUCUGAAUCCCAAUUCUUUGCCCAUUUACUUUAACCAUUCCUUUGCCGUAAUGCAAUACAUGCGCAAACAAAUCUCCUUGUGGAAGAAGAAGUACGGUUCGAUUAAUGUCGUCGUUGGACCUGCCUUCGACGUGCAUGGGACUGGUAAGAGGCCAUCGCAGAAGGACAUCUUGGCAUCAAAGAACGGUACAACAGUUCCGUUUCCCACUCACGUGUUCCUCGUUGUCACACGAUGCUUAAAAGGACCCAAAAAGCCUAUUGAGAAGUGUCAACACACAGACCUUGAUGUCGCGGCAUUCCUAAUUCCAAACCUUGCCAAGCCUUAUAGCUGCAUAGACGACGUGGAGCGCUACGUCACCAAGCACAUGGCCACUGUUACAGACGUCGAGACUUUAACGGGCCUUCGUUUCUUUGGGAAUAUGACGACGUACGACGCCAUCAAACUACGUACACAGUUGCCCGUAGGUCUGUGGAGUAAUGGUAAAAAUGCGGGCCGGGCGAAUUAAGUUACGCUUGUAGAGUUGCUCGUCUGGCGACCGAGCUAAUUAAACUACGCUUGUAGGGUGUCUAACUUCA